AUGAUAGGUGCGGUUUGCUGCUUUCAUCCUAUUGUCUUGUCGAAAUUCUCAAUUCUGUUAACGGGCCUCGAGUCUCCAGAGCCGCUCGCGAAUCUAUAUUCCCGAUCCUACUUCCGUGCCACUUGGGUAACCACGGCGCUGGAUGCCGGGUUCUGGACGGCCAUGAAUAUCAAAAGAAGGUGGCUGCGGGAUAUAGCGUCUAUCGUCUUCUCAAUUUACUAUCUCAUUGCCGCGGAGCAUGCAGAUGAAAAGGUUCGGAAGGUUAGGGCUGUGUUGACGGUGGAGCACCUGCGAGUGUCGUGGAAUAAGGCUACGACACCGUACCUGUCGUUCCUCGGAAAGCUUAUGCGCCCGCGCUUAAUGGGCUAUGCGCCAGUUCAGCUUCGGAUUCCGAGGCCGAAAGAAUCGUCGUACAGGGAUCCGUGCAUUGCAUGGCUCUAUUAUAACGGCCCGCUUAGUACGCUGAAGAAUCAUACUAAUAUCGUUCUGGAUAUCCCCGGUGGCGGGUUUGUGGCCAUGGGCCCGCGGAUGAGUGAUGACAAGCUCCUAGCCUGGGCCGCUAGGACGGGCGUGCCGGUCCUGAGCUUGGAUUACAAGAAGGCGCCUGAAUAUCCAUAUCCGUACGCCCUGAAUGAGUGCUACGACGUUUACCACACCAUCGUCAGUAGUCGUGGCCGUUGCAUCGGGCUAAGUGGUAAAGUUAGUCCUAAAAUUGUCAUUACGGGUGAUAGCGCUGGCGGCAACUUGGCUGCUGGCGUCACACUGAUGGUUCUCCAGUCAGGGAGCACGGAUUCACGGAAAAGGCGCGGAGAGAACUCGCUGCCCCCUCCUGUUGGCCUUGUGCUCAUUUAUCCGUCAUUAGAUAUGAACAUAGGUAGCUGGAUGACGGAUGAGGAGAUGUCCUUAAUUCGGGAGCGGGGAAUGCGAGAGACGAAUUGCAAUGUCCUCCGAAAGAAAAGUGAGGAUUAUCGCAAGUUAGCCUCCGCUUCCUCCCAAGUAUCAACCCUCCGCGACGACUCCCUAGAACACCCGGUCAUCCACGACUAUUUCGCCCAGCAGCACGCCGGGGUAAUUCAUGAAGAACAUGAGCCAGUGAUUGACACCGAAAGCAUCGACAAACCCGUUCCAGGAAACACUGCCUCCCAAGUCGUGGCCACAGCUGACAAGCACCCCGGGCAGAUCGAAACACGCCUCGCUGUCUCCUCCAUGAUUUCCUACUUUAACGAUCGAAUCCUAUCUCCCGAGAUGAUGCGUGCUACCAUAAUCCUCUACAUCGGCCCAUACAACCGUCCAGACUUCAGCUCAGACUUCCUCCUCUCCCCGCUCCUUGCACCGGAAGCGCUUCUGGCACGCUUUCCCAAAACCUACUUCUUAACAGGGGAACGAGACCCGCUGGUCGACGACACGGUGAUUUUCGCAGGGAGAAUCCGCCAGGCGAAACUGCGUCGAUUCCGCGAACGACAGGAGCUGGGACUUGAGAGAUCCAUGGGAACAUUCGACGAAAAAGCGCACGUGGAAGUGUCUCUGAUCCCAGGCAUUUCGCAUGGAUUUCUGCAGUUCCCCGCCUUGUUUCCCGAAGGGUGGAGGCAGAUUUUCCGCUGCUCGCGAUGGAUUAAGAAAUUGUUUGCACAUGUCGCCGAAGGCGGCACUGUGGUCGAAGGAGACCUUACGGCGUCAUCCAUCAUGUCUCGUCGGCGACAAGGGAAUGGCAGCUCAGAGACCUUCAGAAGGGUCAACUCCGUAUCGUCAACGACAUUGGUAAUGUCGGGAAAACCAGGAACUACCCGAAAAGGCACAGGGGAUAAUACUGGAUCACAGGAUCAGAAUCGAGGGUUGACGGGGGACUCAUCGGGCGACGAAGAUAGGCCGUUGGAAAUGACCAGGCUGAACAUGAGCAAGCGGCCACCAGUUUCCACAGGCACUUCUCGAUACUCCUUGCGCUCCUCACCGUCCUCCGCACGAUCAACAGCGGAUGGUUCCCAAUUACGACCAAAAGCCUACACACCAACGUACCUAGAAACCUCAACGGGUUCUCUUGAACCAUCCUCUUACCUCUCCCUAAGCCCCGUCGCUCUCCCGGAUGGAGGAACUGGUUCUCAUAAGACAACACCCAGCCACUCCCCUGUACCUCCAAACGACUCUGGGAGGCACAAGCAAUCCCCACAGCAAAACGGGGACAUAGCACAGCCAAGCCCCACCUUUAAGUUUCCCCAGCUCAGCACCAGUAAUGGAAACCGUGCACGAAGCAGUAGCUAUAAUUACAACUCAACCCAUCGCGAAAAGAACGACUUCGCUGAAAAUGAAGACGUUGUCCAUUCGUGGCGCAAGCAUAUGACGAAAAUGUCUCGGCGCCGCGACGAGAGCCUGACAAGCUUGCCCAGCGAAGAGGAUUUGUUGGGCAGGCGGAUGAACGGGUUGGCGGGCGGGCUGUUGGGUAUGGGAGAGGGGGUGAGGACGCCAUAG